AUGUGCUGUGUCGACGGAGGGAGAUAUGAUCUUAGAGGCGGUCCUUCCAUAGUACUCCACAUAAAAGAGCUACAACACGAGUCACGAGACGCUGCAACCACAAUGACGCCCUUAUUUGAGGAACGGUUGCUUGUGGGCGUGGCCGGUACCUGUUCCCUAUUCGCUAUCGCUGUUUGUCUGCUCUCUAUUCCGACUAUGAUUGAAGAAAUGAGUGACGUUCAAGCAAUGGUCGAUGGUGCUGUGCGAAGUUUUCGUGUUGAUACCGAUAUAGCAUGGAACAAUGUGAUGGAAGUAAGAAUGGCGAUAGAACCGCCGAGAAUGUCACCUUCCGAUGUGUUGACGUCGAUAUUUCGACCUAAAAGAGCUAGCGGUAUUUUUGCCGGAUUACCACCAUGGUGUGUAUGUGAAUUGACCGAGCCGAAAUGUAAACCUGGACCAUCAGGGAUUCCUGGACCACCUGGGUUACCUGGUGAACCAGGACCAGACGGACUUCCCGGAGAGGAUUAUAAACCAGUUCCCGGAGCCGAGUGCGGAGUACCAACCGAGUGCGUCAAAUGCCCAGCAGGACCACCAGGUGCUCCUGGACCAGGAGGCCCACCAGGACCAAGAGGUUCAGAAGGAGAAAUCGGGAAAGCAGGAGAAGCGGGAAAACCUGGGAAGCCUGGACCACCAGGGUCCGAAGGUGAAAGAGGCAAAGAAGGUCCCAGCGGAAAACCCGGUACGCGUGGCCCACCAGGUCAUGCGGCUAUCAAGAAGUUCAAGGCUGGAGUAGGUCCUCCAGGACCACGCGGUUGUGUAGGAAAACCAGGUAAACCUGGAUCACGUGGGAAACCCGGUCCUCCGGGAGCACCCGGACCAACGGGUGAGAUGGGAAAGCAAGGGUCCGUCGGUGAGCCUGGUAGCGUCGGUAAGGAAGGUCAGGAAGGAGAGGAAGGACUACCUGGACCUGAUGCACAUUACUGCAGUUGUCCACCACGUACUCUUCCUUAUUUAAAAGUUAAUUAA